AAUCCAGAGCCCAUUAUUAGCCCAUAUCCCUCAAUCGGAGGGGGAGAAAAACCAAACUAGAAAUCUCUGCGUCUCCAUUGUUUCGCCAUCAGAGACGGUCGCAAGCGAAUCCUCAUCCUUACUGGAUCGAAUACAUUUGCAAAGAAUCGCAUCAGCGUAGAAUCAAUUGCCUUCCAUCGUUGCAUCUAGAUCUUCAGAAAUCGACGAAACAAAGAGGGAUUGAAAAUUUAAAAUGCCACUCGGGAGAAUCAUAGAAGUUGAGCCACCGAGUCCAUUGAGAUACCUGAUUGGAGCGGCGAUCAUGAUGAUUGGGGUAGUGUUGCCUGUUGGUUACAUGAUGUUCCGCAACAAGCGUGCGCCUAGUUCUUCUUCGUACUCCAAGCAGACGUAGAAGCAAAGUUCUGAUAUAGGGAGUUCCUUGGAGACUGUUGCUCAAAAUGAUUCAGGAGUGAUUUAAGUUUGAAGAGGAUGGUAUCCAAAGGCCUGAUUAGCUCUUCAAAGUACAAGUGUAAAUGCAUUGAACUGUGUGCUACAUUUGUUUCGGAGAUGCUACUUUGAGCUUAUAAAAUGGUAUAAUUUUUUUUUUAAAAGUUUUCGUGAGUGGAUUAAAUUGAUGCCUAUUUUGCAACUGCCUUCUUCCGAUGUAUUAAUUUUUGUCUUCUUCAUUUUUUGUCAUUGUGUUUGCACAAUACCUAUUUGAUUUGAUUGUGUUUUAACGUUGUUAGUUUCUAUCUUCCAGAGAAUUGCAUGGAUGCAAAUUCUGUCAUCGUCUGUUCAGGAAUGAUUGUCCAUUAUCUUUCUUCCUAUUGUUGUCAAAACUUCAGUUAUUUUCAUUGAAAUAAAAAUU